UUUAGAUUAAGCAAAGAUUUAGGAGAUUGUAAUCAACGGGCAAUCUUUCCAUGGUGCUUCUUUAUUUUCUUUACGUUAGCAAGACUUGCCAUUUUGGAGAGGUUAACCUAUGUCUUAUCAACAACCAAAAUUAUUUGAAACAAAUUCUCGGCAACUUAGCAGCAGAUUCUUCAAAAAACCGAGCAAAAAGAGACAAAAAACUUCAAAAACUAACUUUUCGACAUAUUAAUGAUGUUAUUUGUAAUGAAAAACUUGAACAAUUAUCUAUCCGUUUUAAUAAACGGGAAACUUUGGAUAUACAAAAAUGUCAUCAAAAAUUAUUGUAUGAUUUACUUUGUCAAUUAUUGAAGAGCGAUUUAAAUGGACAUUUAACCAAAAAUUUAGUAUUGAGGGAACUUUUUGAUCUUGGACCUGUUGUGUCGAUUGAAGAACCUGUGAAAAUGAGCAAGUCGCAAAAGAUUGAACGGGUUUGUGAUUUUAUUUUUUUUAAUUGUGUGGCGGGGGGGAUCAUAGGUGAUUGGAAAGGCCCCUUUUGAGGUCUUUCUUGAAAUUUUUUUUUGUUUUCUUUAAUAGAUUUGUCAACUUGUCCAUGCUCUUUCACGUCCU